UCCACCACCUUACACAGCACAGCACAACUGAUUCAUACAGCUAGCGAGCGAGCUUAGCCAACCACACGCCUCCCAGCUGCUAGCUCCCCCCGGCCUUCUCUUCUUGAGCUCCGAGCGACCACACACACACUAGGGCCAUGAUGAGCGGCGGCAGGAUGAACGCGGCGGCGGGCGACGACUUCCCGUUCGCGGCAAUGCAGCAGCCGCCCUACGUCGGCUUCGAGCACGCCGGCAUGGUGCAGGCCGGCGGCGGCGGCGGAGGGGGAGGCCAGCGCCACCACCAGGGCGCGAUGAUGUACGACAACUUCGACUUCGCGGCGGCCGCCGCCGCCUUCGGCCAGUUCCAGGACGCGCCGCACCACCAGAUGAACGGGGGCGGCGCCGGCGGGCUGCUCCCCAUGGCGCCACCGCCCAUGCCCGGGAUGCAGCUGCAGAUGCCGACCAUGGGCAUGCACGGCCACGGCGACGUGUACCCGGCGCUCGGGAUGGUGAAGCGCGAGGGCGGGGGCGGCGCCGGGGACGCGGGGAGGAUCGGGCUCAACCUCGGCCGGCGGACCUACUUCUCCCCCGGCGACAUGAUGGCCGUGGACCGUCUCCUCAUGCGGUCCCGCCUGGGCGGCGUGUUCGGGCUCGGGUUCGGCGGCGCGCACCACCAGCCGCCGCGGUGCCAGGCCGAGGGCUGCAAGGCGGACCUCUCCGGCGCCAAGCACUACCACCGGCGCCACAAGGUGUGCGAGUACCACGCCAAGGCGUCCCUCGUCGCCGCGGCCGGCAAGCAGCAGCGCUUCUGCCAGCAAUGCAGCAGGUUCCACGUGCUCACCGAGUUCGACGAGGCCAAGAGGAGCUGCCGGAAGAGGCUGGCCGAGCACAACCGCCGCCGGAGGAAGCCGGCGAGCAGCAGCACGACCGCGACGUCCAAGGACUCGGCGCCGCCUUCCAAGAAACCCAACCCUGGCGCCAUCUCGAGCUCCUACGCCGCCGACAACAACAAUUUGAGCGCCACCAAGUCCACCAUCUCGUCGAACACGAGCGCCAUCAGCUGCCUGCAGCAGCACGACCAGAGCAAGGCGGCGGCGGCGGCGGCGAGGCCGAUGACACUCACCCUCGGAGAGCCACGGGAGAAGGACGACCACCAGCACCUCAGCAACGCCAUGCAGCUCCACCACCACCAUCAGGAGCAGCAGCACUUCAUCACCUCCCUGCUGCAGCAGAACAACAACGGCAACGGCAACAGCAACAUCCUGUCGUGCUCGUCGGUGUGCUCCAGCGGGUUGCCGUCUGCCGGGGCGGCCAACGGUGAGGUCUCCGACCAGAACAACAACAGCAACCACGGCGGCGGCAACAACAACAACAAUAACAUGCAUCUCUUUGAGGUGGACUUCAUGUAGACCCGUACAUGGAGCCAUGGAGUGGUGACCAGCCUAAGCCUAGCACUGUCUCAACAGUGUCCUUUAAUUAAUUUGUGUGUAGGUAAAAAAAAGGAGAGCAAAAAACCUUAAGGGUAUAGUCCAUAGUCUCAAAGUGCUGAGAUCAGCUAGCAAAGGCGGUGCAGUGCUUGGCUAAAGCAUGCAUAUGCCUUUCUUUCAACUUUCUUUCCUGCAGCGCUCCUCUAGUGCCGCAAGCAAGCAUGCCUUUCUGCCAUCUUCUGUUUCAGUGAGGAAAUAAUGUUUGUGCUAGUAUUAUUUUUCA